AUGGAUUAUUUGAAUAUAACAGAACAUGAGCAUAUUGGUGAAAAUACAACAUUAGCUGAUAAAUUAUAUGAUGAAAUAAAGGUUUUAUGUUGGGUGAUGACAGCACCAGAUAAUCAUAAAACAAAAGCACAACAUGUUAAAUUAACAUGGGGUAAAAGAUGUAAUAAAUUAUUAUUUAUGAGUACAGAAUAUGAUGAUGAAUUAGGAUCAAUUGGUUUAAAUGUAACUGAAGGACGUGAUGGUUUAUGGAAUAAAACAAGAGAAGCAUUCACUUAUAUAUAUGAAAAUCAUUUAGAUGAAUAUGAUUGGUUUGUUAAAGCUGAUGAUGAUACGUAUUUUAUUAUGGAAAAUUUAAGAUUUAUGUUAAGCGAACAUAGAACUGAUACACCAAUUUAUUUUGGUAGUAAAUUUCAAAUGCCAAGUGUGGUUUAUAUGUCUGGUGGAGCUGGUUAUGUUUUAAGUAGAGAAGCAGUUAAACGUCUUGUUGAAAUUGCAUUUAAAAAUUCAAGAAUUUGUCGUGUUGGAGCAUCAGUUGAAGAUGUUGAAAUUGGUGUAUGUUUAAAUGCCGUUGGUGUAAUUGCUGGUGAUACAAGAGAUGAAGAAGGAAAAUCAAGAUUUCAUCCAUUAAGUUUAGAUAAUCAUUUAGAACCAGAUAUUAUUGGACAUGAUUUUUGGUUAUGGGAUUAUAGUUAUUAUAAAUUUGGUUCGGGAUUACGAUAUGUUUCAGAUAAAGCAGUUUCAUUUCAUUAUUUAACAGCCGCUGAAAUGUAUAUAUGUGAAUAUUUAAUUUAUCAUGUUAAACCAUAUGGUAUAUGGUCAUUACCAGAAAAUUUACCAGAGAAACAACUUACAUUUGAAGAAGAACUAGAAUAUAUAAGAAAUGCUGAUAAUGAUCGUAAUUUAGAAUAA